UGAUGAAAGGGAAAAAUCAAAACAAACCAAAAAAUACCUCUCAAGAGACUGGUGAAACUAUGGAUCUAGUUUUGGAACACCUGCUUUGUUGCCGGCAAGGAAAUAAGGAUCUGGUUGAGAUUUCUAAACUAAUACAACAUGUGGACAAAUAUGGUUGUGAAAACAGAUCGCAGCAGUUUAGAAUUGUUGAUGAAAUCAUCCAGCUGCUUGCUAAUGAUUUGAACGCAUUACUUCCGGACGAGAGUGUGAGUGUGGUCAUUUGUAUGACACACCUUUGGGAGCAAAAUAAACUGCCCACCUUGAAUGAAACGCAAUUCGAUGUGGUUCUACAAUUGUUAAGAAAAAACUUGGAGGAAUGCCAAAAGCCAGAAACGCUCAUAAAAAUAUUAAAUACCUUGUGUGGUUUAUUUGCAAAGCAUCCCAUGAAUGUCGACAGAUAUUUCAUUGAUAUUAUUGGCUCUGGCAAUAAUGGUUUACUUCAGUAUGUGGCAUGGGAGAGUUCUAUUGAUGUGCUAGUGAAUGCAGUUCGUUGUAUUGAUAUAUGCCUUGGCAUUCUAUGCUGUUCCCCAUUAUCCCAGGAGCAGGAACAAGUUUGUGAUGAUAUACUUAAGAAAUUUUUGAAUUUAUUUUUUAAUGCCAGUGAAUCAAGGCCAAAAAUUGAUUCGGAUAUGCUGCCAGUAUUUGCACUUCAUACAUUGCAAGCCAUACAAAGGAUUAUAAGCCUAAACCCUGAACUGGUGAAGCAGAAUGUCUCCGAACUAUUGGGUUUUGCAAGAUCUUAUUUGCAUUUUGGCCUGGAUAACAUCAAGGAGUUUCCAAUAAUGCCUCAAAAGGUUUAUAUGUCACAGCAAGCAUUAUAUGAUUCUGCAGAGGAUUUUGAAAAUAGCAUGAGUUCCGAGAAAACUCGCAAUUGUGGAGGUAAAACUCCAAAAACACGCAAGCCUCGUUUAAAAUCCAAUACAGCGGAAAGAAAUGUGACCAGUGGAAGUCCCGAGAGAAAGGUAACUCUUUUAUCCAUGGAUAUAAGAACCAGUGACUCGGAAGCCUCAGAACUAGAGAAUUCAGGGAAUCGUGUUCUCUUUGAGAGGAAUAGAAUGGCAAAAAUACGAUUAGCAUCCAUUGCCAUUAUCGAAGCCAUUGUCAAAACAUUGGAGCGAAGAUAUGUUUAUGGCUAUUGGCAUGUUUUGUUUCCCAGUGGAACGGCAGCUGAAUCACCAGAUAAUCUUUUAUACAUUGCCCAGCAUGAUCCAAAUAUGCGAUGUCGUUGUUCAGCUCUACAAGUUUGUGCACAGCUUUUAUAUGGAUCCAAAGGAUUUUUAUGCCAAGCAGAAAUCAACACCAAACGUUGUCCCGUAACAUUUAUACCGUUUUCUGUUAAUUUGGGCUUUACAGUGGUUGCCAUUUAUCAAGCUCUCAGCACCAUACUUACCCGAGAAUCUUCACUGCCAGUAUUGACACAGUCUCUGAAAUGUUUGGCAGUAUUGGUUCAAGCCACACCCUUUCAAAAAUUCGAUAAGGGCUUUGUGAAUGGUUUUGUAAAGCAUGUCAAGCCCUUGAUAUACCAUCGUGAUGCUGCAAUUCAAGUUUCCUCAUUGAUGGUGCUGGAGUUUCUAGUGCCUUCAGCUGAAGCCACUCCUGAAAUUGCUGAGGCCUUGGGCUUACCGCAACCUCAGAGUGGCAGACAAACGGCCAAGAAUAACACACAUGCUUUGGGUGAGGAAGAAUUGGAUAUAAUCAAUGAUGAGGAAUUUGUGGAAUCAGAUGCUGAGGAGGAAGUUCUAAAAAAACCAAAAGAAGAGAAACCCCCCAGUGCGGACAGUGAAAAACGUACUUCAAACGAUAAUUCGUGGUUACUACUUCGGGUCUUAUUCAAUUUAAAAGAUCACGACUCUCUCAUUGUGCCACAAUCUGUGCGCAUUGAAAGUAUACAGGUGUUAAUAGCUAUGAGCUCACACUUUGCUAUGCUUAAAUCGCAUUUGCCAGAAGUUUCUGCAGCAUUGCAACAUGUCAUAGCCAACACUUUGCCUGAAGUUCGUCUAUAUGCGGCAAGAUGCAUUGACAGUUGCGCUUUUCAAAUAAGUCGCUACGUGCUAGAAAAUGGCUUGGCCACUUCCUCACUUGAAACAAAAAGUUUUGGCAAGUUCUGGACUGAUAUUCUACCCAUUAUAAUGCAACACAUACGAAGGGAUAGUGAAGAGACCAGUACUGUUAGAAUUACCUUAUGCGAUGCUCUAUCAAACAUUGGUGUUGUAAUGUUUGAAAAUUGUUCACAUUCCCUGCAGUUGGCACUGCUUAGCUUUCUUUCAGGUGUAAGCUCAGAUAGCAGCGAAGAACCCAUUCUACGUGCAGCAGCUGUCAGAGCUUUAGCCGUUUAUGUCCUCUAUCCAUCGUUGCGUAGUGAUUUUGUGUUUGUGGAGAAUACCGCAGAUCUGGCACUGCGCCUGGUAACAGAUGCCAACUUGCUUGUACGUAUCAAGACCUUCUGGGCUUUGGGUAACAUAAGUGAUGCGCUAGUGGGCAAAUCCAUAGAUUCUAAGGACAAUCAGAAGCGUGUAUCCGACGAAUUGUUAUAUCGAAUGAUCAAGGCUUCUACAAUGGCCUGCAGUGAUAAUGAUAAAGUUCGUUGUAAUGCUGUACGCACUUUGGGCAAUCUUUUGCGCCUGCUAAGGAAGGAACAUCUACAAUUGGAAAAUACUCACCUGAAUUGGAGGGAAUUAUUUGAGCGUGCAAUUUGCAAACUAAGCGAUUGUAUAAGAUCAUCGGGCAAUGCUAAGGUAAAAUGGAACAGCUGUUAUGCCAUCAGCAAUGUUAUGCGAAAUCCAGUCAUAUUCACCAUAACCGAACUAAUAGAUUGGCAAAGUACCCUUUAUCCAGCCUUGUGCCAUGUCAUAGUGCAUCAUGCCAACUUUAAAGUGCGAAUAAAUGCAACUUCUGCCAUAACCAACAUCGCUGAGAGGCAACACUUUGGCAAUUAUUUCGAAAAGUUUUGGUCCUCAAUAUUGGAGGCUAUAGAGCAGUCACAUAAUUUGGAUAAUUUUCAUGAAUACAAUCAUCGAGACAACUUACAGGAACAACUGUGUUUAGCCUUAACACAUUUGUUGAGGUGCUCUGAACAGGAAGAUUGGCCAAUGUUGAAAAGGCAUCUAGCGUUGAAAGUGGAGACCAUAAGAAGCACCUGGAAACGGGUUGUUCUUCGUAUGGUACCGGAAAAGGCAGCACCCCUACUAUCAUGUUCACUUGUGCUGGCAGAGCGAGCGAAAACAAAGCAGCAACACAAUCUCGGCCCUGAACAAAAGUCCGCCAAUGAUUAUUUAUGCGAAACACUGGCACUAGAAUAGUUUGGAAAAAUGGGAUCGAUCUUCAUAGCAUAAGAAAAUACAUAACAGAAGAAAAAACUA